CGUUUGGCCGCCAGAAGAAGCGGUCACCACCGGAGUGUGCGGACCACUUUAGUGCAUCUGGCUUGCGUGCCUCUUGUAUAUGUGUGCAUGUUUUCCAACAGGGAUCUGAACCAGGGCAAGUACGAGCAGAGCAGCAUAAGCCAAGCCGGAGUGUCAGGUGGUGCUAGUUUGUUGAGUGUUUAAAGAACUGCUGUGAAAAAAAAAUCUGAGGGAAACAAAAGCCAGAGAAAGAAUAGUGUCGAAGGUAGAGGCAGCAACAUCAAUCAUCUUCGCCAUCAGCAGGUUGCCUGCAGCAAACGAUGUACCAGUUGCGGAUUGAAGUGCGUGGUCAAUGUCUCCCAACGGCCAAUCGAGUACAGCAAACCGAUGUCCCACUGUGAUACCGUACAGUGAUUGUGGUUGCAUUGUUGAGCAGAACGGAAACAGAACAAGAAUCCGAACAGAACCAGAUAGAAAGAAAGAGAGAGCGAAAGGGUGUCUUCACAGGUGACCUGAUUAUAUUGGCCGGCAACAAGUGAUACCGUAUACCCAGGCCGCAGGCGCUACUAAUACGGCACGACGGCACAUCCCUCGAUGCAGCUUGGAGAGCUACAGAACGAGCAGCAACAGAACGUGUGAAGCCCGAAGCACGCACGCAAGAUGUCGUACCGGAGUUAUAAUUAUCCCUGGUCAUCGUCCAGCUACAGCUCAAGCUCUUCGUCGUAUGCCGCAUCUUCCAGUCUUCCGAGCUCCUAUCGAAGCUCUAGAUUCUCGACCGAACCAUCAACCACAUCGCGGUUCAGUUCGUUGAGUUCGACGAGCAGCUAUCGGCCGUCGUAUGGCGCGAGCACGUACCGUUCGCCCCGGACGGCGACGACGACGACGACCGGUACGACACCCGCCCCAAGCUCCACCGUCUCCUCCUUCAUUAGCCGCUACUCGAACCUGGCGUCCACCGACAAGGACAAGGAUAAGGCGAAAGAAGAGGAACGGCGCAAGGAGCGUGAGCAGAGGGAACGGGAACGCGAGAAGGAACGCGACCGGGAGAAGGAACGGUUAAUCGAAACAUCCAAGAAACUCGAAGCCGAACUGAAGGAAGCCAAACCGGUAACGUUGAAGAAGUCGAGCCUUAUCGCGGCCAAGUAUGGUUCUACCAAGGAUCUACCCUCGGGUGAUGAUGGUGUGACGUCAGCGGCGACCGCUUCAACGACAGCGAAGGUCAAAUCCGGUACCGGAAGUUCCACCAGCGCCAAUACGGUCAGCAAACCCAAGAAGGACAAUGCACCUCCGGUUACGUUCACUACACGGUAUGGGCGCGCCGGGGUGACACGCGAUAAGUCGCGUGAACCGAGUCCCGCAACCCGGACAUCCGGUUCCUCGAGCUCGGUUGCUGCACUCCGGACACGGCAGCGUGAACCCAGCCCAGCCGCCGUACCCGUGACGGAACGGGCUCGUUCACGCGAUCCCAGUCCAGCCGUGGAGAGUAAACGUACCGGAGGGUACGCACUGGCCAUCGCCAGCAAGCUUUCCGGAGCGACCAAACAGAGCACGGCACCGAACGAGUACCGACGGCAAUCGUCGGGUGGUGCCGCGUUCGCACAGACCCGUGCCCGAUCCCGUGAUCCUAGCCCGACCGUACGAACGCGUACCUCCCGGGAACCAAGUCCGGCCGAAAACCGGAGGAUACAGUUGGCCAACAAGAUGAUUGCUACAGCGGCACGAUCCCGUGAUCCAAGCCCGGCCGCCGGUCAACAGCUGAAACCAUCGGGAAAAGCGGAACCAAAGCAACGCUUCACCAGCACGAUCACAAUCAAACCGACCCCGGGGACAGUUCGAUCACGAGAUCCUAGCCCGGCGACCACCAAAGAACCGAGAAAGAUUCCCACCUUUAAUUCGGCGAACAGUAAGCUACGCUCACGGGAUCCAAGUCCGGCGGCCGGGCCUGGAGGGCGAGUGUCACGUGCCGACGGCUCGUCCAAGUCCCAGAUCACGCUGGCCGGUAAAAAAACCCGCGAUCCAAGUCCAGCCCUGAGUGUGAAGGUGCGAAGUCGCGAUCCGAGUCCAGCCCAGACGCCAGUCACGAAUCGUCGCAGUUCCCGUGAACCAAGUCCGGCGGAAUCGGUUCGUGAGAAGUACGGGCUGGGUGGAACGGGACCGUACCGACCGUACAGUCGUACCAACAGCACUGGACUCGCCGUAUCGAACAGUCGAUUUGGAACAGGCAGUGCGAGUCCCGUUCCCAAGAGUCCGAUCGCGGAUAUUGCCCUGUCGUACAUGACGUCGAGUGAAGCGAUCGCCGCCCGUACGUCAAGACCUUCGUCGCGUCUCAAAUUGAACUCGCAGUCUCGGGAGGUCUCUCAGUGUUCAUCGCCACUGACCACGAGUCAGAUCUUCUCACCGGAACCAAUCGUCCGGCGAAGUGGUGUUGUCGCGACGGAGUUAACUCCUAAACCGGAACGUUCCAGUUCUUCCGAAGGGACGUCAACUAGCACUUCGUCCUCGUCAUCCGAAGAGGAAUCUUCCACGGAGGAAACGGAAAGCAGCGUGGAACCGGAACCGAAGAUCUUCAUCGAGAUAACGCUCGUAACGCGUGGCACCUCACCGACACCACCUGGAGCAACUCCACUAAUCCGAGCGCGCCGUGCCGAGAUGUGCAAAACGAUCGAAAAGACGAUCCAGAAGCAGCUACUUCCGGUACAGACGGCAGACAAACAGAUCCAGUCCGAUCGAUUGGACGAUUCAACGCGUUACCUACGCUACAACCAACCAUCCAGUCGUAGCUGGUCGCCGAUGUUGUCGCGACAGUCCAAGCCUUAG